AUGACCGGGGAAUCGCCGUUACCGCAUCCAGGUGCAUCUUCAAUGCAACAGAACCAUACCGCAGCUCGACAUAUCAAGCAAGAACCUACACCCAACGCCAAUGCAACACCAGCUUCAACUGACAAUGAUGAUGAAAUUGAUUCCAUGCCAUUUGAAGAGUUACAACAACUAUACCACACUUUACAAGAACAGUUUAAGGUUGCAUCAUCUCAAUUACUGUCAACUUUUGAAAACGAACAAAGUCAACGUAAAACAUUGAGUUAUUUUGAACGUCGUAAUCAGGCAAUCUUGAACAUAUUGGAGCAUCUAGAAGACAACUCCACCACUAAUGACAACUUUACAUCUCCCAAUUUAUUUGAUACCGAAAGGAUAAAUAGAAUUGUGGAAAAAGUACCUCGUUUGGCCAAAACGCUAUCGCCACUAACACAACAUCCUCAACUAUUUGCCAACGUUGCAAUACCUUGCAAUUUAUUACUCAAUGCAUACUUGAUUGAAAAUAUCCCCGAUAUAAUCAAUGACGACCUAACAUCUAUCGAAAUCAACCCACAAUCUAUUGAGGCUUGGUGUCGCCGCAACCGUCAAUCAGUGACGACAAAUUUAGUUCCUGGCGCAAGCAAACCAGUCACUCUUGAAAUGUUGAAACGAUUGAAUGUGUAUAAUGGAGUCGAGUUUGAUUUGGGAAUUGAUGGGAAAAUGAUUGUUACUCCACAAGCUGCUAGUUCAUCUAGCAAAAAGAGAAAGAGAAAGUAG